AGUACUUCUAGGUCUACAGUGGUGUCUGUGGGCAGGAGAUCAAAUACCUGGAUUAAAGUGAUUUUCAGCCUGUUAUUACUUCAGGAAGGAAAGAGGUUGAAAUAAAAAUGCUUGUUACAAUAUUGCCUUUCGUAAACGCUUUGAGGACCUUAGGGUAGAAGCGGAAAAUCUCGAGUUUAAUUUCACCUGUCAUCUACUUUGCUCCCUUUUACAUCCGCUUUUAUUAAUUUUUAAUUUUUAUUUCAUUUUUAUCUAAUUUUAUUAUUUUAUUAAAUUUUAGCCCCAAGUCCAUGGUCAGACGUUGCUUUUCAGAUUGGAGAAAGGUUAAUACGUGAGAGUACUUUUCUCAAAAGGAGGAUGGAAGGGGAGACGCAGAGGGACUGAGGUUGACGGAUGACAAGUCCCUCCUAGGCCACGGUAGGGACGGGUUCCGCGGUCACGUGAUCGAGUCUCGCUCCGCCCCUCCCUCUGUCCGGCCGGCGCACGCCUCGGUCCCCAUGUUUCCCCUGAGCUUGUUGCAUAGGCUGCUUCUCCUGUCGCGGCAUAGAGCCGCACCUCUUGCCGCGCGCUAUGGAUCCCCGGGACUAUGGCUCCCCUCAGGCCGUGCGGCAGCCUUUGUCUCCUCUCCAGCGCUGCUGCAGCAGGGCCAAGAAGCAAGGGGAGGUAGAGGGGCGCUGGACUCGGGGACGAUGGUGGACCCCAGCCGGCUGGAGGAGAGCUUCGUGUUCCCGGAGUUCGUUCCCGAGCCGGACUCCGACGUCGAACCGUCAGUGUCUCUGGAGCUGCAGCGGAGGCAGAAGGAGGAGGAGCGGGAGCAGCUGUUGAGGGACGAGCGGCGGCAGCGGCGGCUGGCGCAGCAGCAGAGGAAGACCCGGGAGAAGGGACAGCACCCCCUGGUUGGGAGCCCUGACCCCACCGUGCCGGCCAGCGGCGUGAACUGCUCCGGCUGCGGAGCGGAGCUGCACUGCCAGGACCCCUCGGAGCCGGGCUACAUGCCCAGCGAGAAGUACCGCAGCCUGCAGGCGCAGGCCGACGCAGGCGGGCUGGCUGGGGCCGUGUGUCAGCGCUGCUGGCUCCUGGUGCACCACCAGCGGGCCCUGCGGGUGCGGGUGAGCCGGGAGCAGUACCGAGAGCUGGUGCGCGCCGCGCUCCGGCGCUCGGGGCCCGCCCUCGUGCUCUACCUGGUGGACGUGUUUGACCUGCCGGACCCCCUGCUGCCCGACCUGCCCGACCUGCUUGGGCCCAAGCGGCUGAUACUGCUGGGCAACAAGGUGGACCUGCUGCCCGGGGACUCCCCUGGCUACCUGCGGAGACUCCGGGAGCGUCUGUGGGACGAAUGCACCCGAGCUGGCCUUCAGCUGGCGCCCAGAAAGGCGAAGAGGCCUGCCGAAGCGGGGACCCCGGCCGAGGCCCAAGGGGGCGCGCCGGCCCGGCCCGGCUGCCUGGUCCAGGACGUGCUGCUCAUCAGCGCCAAGACCGGCUACGGGGUGGAGGAGAUGAUCUCGGCGCUGCAGCGCUCCUGGCGCUACCGGGGCGACGUCUACCUGGUGGGCUCCACCAACGCCGGCAAGUCCACGCUCUUCAACACCCUCCUGCAUUCCGACUACUGCAUCGCCAAGGGCGCCGACGCCAUCGACCGGGCCACCAUCUCCCCCUGGCCAGGAACAACCUUAAACCUCCUGAAAUUUCCUAUUAGCAACCCUACUCCUUACAGAAUGUUUGAAAGGAAUAGGAGACUUAAAGAAGAAGCAACUAAAAGUGAAGAUGAUCUUAGUGCACAAGAGCAAAAGCAUCUUAAUCAAAUGAAAAAGCAGGGCUAUUUAGUAGGAAGAGUUGGAAGAACAUUCUGUUCUCCACAAAACGAUGAACCCCCUUUUGAAUUUGAUGCGGAUUCACUUGCUUUUGACAUGGAGAAUGAGCCAGCAAGAAUAACACAUGAUGCACCCAUCAGUCGUGUGGAAUUGACACCUCAAGAAGUAAAAGAUGCUCACUGGUUUUAUGAUACCCCUGGAAUUGUAAAAGAAAAUUGUGUCUUAAAUUAUCUGACAGAAAAGGAAGUAAAGAUUGUUUUGCCAACACAUUCCAUCAUCCCCAGAACCUUUAUUUUGAAGCCUGGGAUGGUUCUGUUUUUGGGUGCUCUAGGACGCUUGGAUUACCUGCAAGGAAAUGAAUCAGCUUGGUUUUCUGUUGUGGCAUCAAACUUACUUUCAGUACACAUUACUACCCUGGAAAAAGCAGAUAUCAUCUAUCAGAAGCAUGCAGGUCAAACAUUACUUCAGGUUCCAAUGGGUGGAGUCGAAAGAAUGGCAGAGUUCCCACCUCUGGUUUCUCAAGACAUCACACUGGAAGGCAUUGGGAAGCUUGAGGCAAUAGCUGACAUCAAGCUUUCCUCUGCUGGUUGGGUUGCAGUAACCUCUCCGUCUGAAGACAAACUACAUCUUCGAGGCUACAUACCUCAAGGAACGACUCUGACUGUUCGGCAGCCUCCUCUUUUGCCUCACAUUGUUGAUGUCAAGGGGGAAAGAAUCAAGAAGAGUGUGGCUUAUAAAACCAAAAGGCCACUUUCCUUAGUGGAUAGACUGAAAUCAAGUAGCAAAAGAAAAUAAAAGUAGGGCAUUGUUAUAAAUUAUA